GAAAAUAUUUUUCUCGAAAAUUCCGAAUUUUGAUUUUGUUAAGUUCCAUUUUACAUAUAAACUUCAGAUUUGAAAGUGAACUGGUUGAACACGGUCCAGUCGGACUGCACCACAAAUAUCAUACGACAACAGCAACAGCGUAUAAUUCCAUCAUCUACAAAACCAUUCAAAAUUCAAAAAUGGGGAGCAACGAUCCGAACCAACAAGAACCAAACACAGAGCAGGAUAAUUCGGAAGGAAAAAAACGUCUCUCAGAUUAUAAAAUUUUAAGUGAAUUGGGUGCGGGAGACUUUGGUACUGUGUAUGAAGUCGAAGAUAAAAAUAAAAAAAAAUUCGCACUGAAAUGCAUUGACUUGACCACGGUGUCUAAUCCGAACCAAUUACGGGAUCGCGAAACUAAACCUAUUUUUUUGAAUCAUCCAAAUAUCGUAAAGUGCUAUGACUUUUGGUUCGAGGACAACAACCUUUAUGUCCUAUUGGAAUUAUGCACAAGGGACACCUUAGAUCACUGGCUGAUUAAUUGCACCUUAGAUGAAAGGAAACGUAGAUACCGCAGUAUCUUCAUACAGAUGCUCGAAGCAGUAGAUUAUUUGCAUUCACAUGGACUGGUUCAUCGGGAUUUAAAGCCGUCGAAUAUAUUUUUCGGGUACGAUGGCAAAGUCAAAAUCGCUGACUUUAGCACGGUCCUCAACUUAAAGGCGGAGAAUUUAAACGAAUUUGUUCAACAUACUACUCCACAAAAACAUACUACUUCGGUCGGAACUCCUGGAUACAUAGCACCGGAGGUCGAAACUGGUUGUUACGAUCACAUGGUCGAUGUCUACUCACUGGGUGUCAUACUAUUGGAAAUGAUCACUCCACUGCAGACGUUUGAACAGCGUUGUGCAUUAUUUGAUCGACUGCUCAGAGCCGAAUUUCCGGAGAGUUGUGACAAGAAAUUUAAGAACGAGUUCAGAUUGUUCAAAUUAAUGCUGUCACCCGAUCCCAAAAAACGACCGAAAAUUGCCGCUAUCAGACAAACUCAGUUGAUUGCUUCGAUAGGAGAUGCCACCGAGCUUUAUGAUGGUUUAACUGAGAUAAUAGCCGGUAUUUCUUUAACCAGUAUUUCCUUAAUAUCAACAAUAGCAAUGCCCGCAGCCGCAAUUCCAUUUAGUAUUUGUUUUUCACAUUUCUUUUUCAAAUCGCUGGCUGAAAUAGUUCAUCAUAACGCGAUGUGAUCUGGAGUCAUUUUUGAGUAUGUUAUACGCAUACCGAGAAGAAUACAAAGAAAACAAUAUUUACAACGAAUUUAUCAAUCGAAUGCAAAACUUAAUAGUGUUUUACGAAUGUAGAGCUUGCGGCCAAAGCGAAAUUUACUUUUUUACAAUGUUGAAGAAUAUAUCCUAUCGUUUAAGCGUUUUUUCUAAAAUAAAAUUUUAGAGUCGUACUGAUGAACUGUAUAUUCCUUUGUUGCCUUGAACUUUGAAGGUCUAAUUUAGAAAAUGAAUUUUUCACUCCUCUUAAAUCAAUUAUAUUGGCAACAGGUGAAUGGAAGAAGUGUAAAACAUAAGUCUCUGUGAACCGAAUAAAGCAAA